AUGGAAACUGGAAUCGAUGCUUCGAAGCUACAGAUCAGAGACGAAGAACUAUUCAAAGCAGCGGAAUCUGGUGAUGCUUUGUUGUUCAUGUCUAUAUCUCCUCAACAGCUUCAAAAAUCUCUCAGUUUCAGAAACGAAGAUGGUGGCUCUCUCCUCCGUGUCUCAGCUUCCUUUGCUGCUGAUGUCAAUGCCAUAAACAAUGGUGGUCGAGCUGUGCUCUUCACUAUGCUGCUAGCAAAGGGGAUUGAAAGUUUUGGGUAUGUUUCAGCUGUGAUGAUGGUCGAUAUUAUUCUCUUUAAUUGUUUACCAUGCUGUGGUAGGUGGAGUAACAGAGAAAUGGAAGAUCUCUAUGCUUUGGACUUCGAUGGAGUUCUCUAUGAUAGUUGUGGAGAAAGCUCUCUUUCUGCUGUUAAGGCUGCGAAAGUGAGAUGGCCUGAUUUGUUCCAAGGAGUUGAUUCUGCUUUAGAGGAAUGGAUCGUCGAACAGAUGCAUAUCGUAAAUUGUUUUCUUCCUUGA